AUGCCUGGUGUUCCCCCCGACGCUCUUGAACAGGUCAAGAAGGGCUUCAAGCGUUUCCUUUUCGGUCGCAAGAAGUCCAAGAAGACUCAGCCUGAGCCUGCCCCUGCUACUGAAGCUCCUGCGUCUAAUGCUGCGCCCGCUGCCCCGGUAGCUGGAGCUGCUGCGGCAGGUGCCGCGGCCGCCCCCGCUGUCACCCCAGAAACUAAGCCUGCAGACACCGCCAAAGUGCCCGAGUCGGCCGAGGCAAAUGAUGCGACUGCCGCGGCUCCUGUCGUUUCUCCUGAGAUGAGCGCCACAGCUGGCCCCGUUGAAACCCAAUACGAGCCUGAGCCUGCUACUGCCGCUGCUGCUGCUGCUAAGCCUGAGGAGGCUGCUGCCAAACCCGAAGAGGCUGCUAAGCCUGAGGUUGCUGCUGCUACACCUGAGGCCGCUGCUGCCACGCCCGGGGUUCCUGCUGCUGCAUCUGAGGCUCUCGCCCCUGCACCUGCGGCUCCCGCCACUGCUACUGAGGCUCCUACUGCUGCGCCCGAGGCCGCUGCUGCGACACCUGAGGUUCCUGCUGCUGCGGCUGAGGCACCCGCCCCUGCUCCUGAGGCUCCUGCUGCUCAGCCCGCCAAGGCCGCUGCUAAGCCGGAAGAACCGGCCGUUAAGUCUGAGGAGCCUGCUGCCAAGGCCGUGGAAGCUGUCAAGACCGAUGCGCCCGCUGCGCCCGCUCAGUAG